UUAAAUUAUGAAUACAAACUACUCCAACAACAUGCAAGAUUAAAAACUCACCCUGAUGUAACUAUCAUCAAUGGGGAGUGCCAAGAUGGCUUGACACUUGCUUUCAAGUCACCUAAAAACUUCGCAAUUGGAGCCUUUUGGCUUGGAGUAUGUAUCCUAAGCUCUGCAACAGUGGGGCCAAUUGUGCUGACAGUUCCGACUAAGAGUAUCUAUAUCUCGAUUUCAUGGAGAUCUCAGUGCUCUUGUCUGCUCAUGGCUGUGUGGUCCAUCAUCAACUACAUCAGAUACAGUCGCCAGAGUUGUUACCAAAUAGAUGAAUCCAUUGAUUAUCAAAGACUCACUACAUGGCAAAAAAUCAGAAAAGAUUCUUCACCUAGAAACUUGGUUAGCACUUCCUUGAUGUCAUUUUUCAUGUUCAUGUGGGUGUUUGGCCUCGUUAUUGGGUGCAAGUACACACUAACAGCUCACGCUGAUGUGCUCUAUUGCAGCAGCGGAGUGUUCAUACUAUUGAUCUCAAUUCUUACAUGCCGUUACGUCAAUAAAUUUGAGGUGAUAGGAUACAUAGUCUAUGGUGUCGGAGUAGCCAUUAUGCUAAGCGACCCAUUGGCUACAAAAGCUGAAGGAACUACAAAUAAGUUACUUGGUAAUUUGUUCGCGUUCAGUGGUGCAUUUGGAGGAGCCUUGUAUGGCAUCAUUUCCACUAAAUUGAAAAGAGACAGCUCACAGGAGGUAUGCCUGUUCUAUCUCUUCUUGGGUCAAGUUAUUAUUCAGGUAAUCAUAUUUUCUCAUGCUGAAGAAAACCCCUUGUUUUUCAGUAUGGAUUCAGAAUAUGGAAUCUUCGGUUGGCUUUCGGAUCCAUGGCUGAUAAUUAUAAUGUGUGGGUUUGUGGCACCGUGGACAAGCAUCUUGACGAAUUACUCACUGCUUGAAUCAUACAAGUAUUGGACCUUGGAUAUUGUGGCUGUCUUCUUUUUAAUGGAACCUUACUUUGCUGAAAUCUCAGCAAUCUUUCUGAGUCAAGACAAGAUUCCUGGACUUCAAACAUUCAUAGGGGUUGGCAUACUUAGUUUAGGAAUUAUUUGAUCAAUUCACGGAUCUAAAACAAAGGCAAAGGAAGCCAUUAAUGAUGCAAGCAAAAAUUACCAAGAAGAUCAUAUUGAGCUUUCUAUUGACUCUUUUGACGAAUAUAACCUCUAAUUUCUUCGACAAAUCUUGUAAGAAUAUUUUUGAAUUCGCAGAUAUCUUUAAAAUGAAAUCAGUAUCUUAGUAUACCACUCUUUA